AUGUCCCAGCCCAAGAUCACCCUCUACACCAACCGCGGCUGCCCAUGGGCACACCGCGCCCACAUCGCGCUCAAGGAAUCCGGCCUGAACUAUGAAGAAGUCACCAUCGACCUGAAAACUCCCCGCGAGCCUUGGUACUUGGAAGUCAACCCGCGCGGCUUGGUCCCUAGUCUCUCGUAUAACGGAAACAUCAUCACCGAGUCUGGCAUCGUCGCCCAAUUCAUUGCCGAUGCCCACCCAUCCCACCUCCUGCCGCCGUCCGGUCCCGUUGAAAACGCUCUGUAUAGAGCCCGACUCGCAUUCUUCGUCGAUGCCUUCUUCAGCAAGGUCGUCCCGCACUUCUUCGCCAGUGUCAAAUCGGCCUCGGAGGAGGAGCGCGAUGCUGCCGCGGAGGCGUUGGCCGCUGCUGUCGUGAAGGAGGUCGAGCCUCUGUUGGCGGAGAUUGAGGGCAAGGGUCCUUUCUUUGGGGGUAGUGAGAAGUUGACUUUGGCUGAGGUCCAAUCGGGCUCUUUCUUGCUGCGUAUCCUUGGCUUCAGCAAGCCCGAGCACGGUCUGGUUAGCGCUAAGCUGCCUGCUCUGCUGGAGAAGGCUCCAAGAUUCAAGCGUUGGGCAGAGGCUACUAUCAAUCAUGAGAGUGUUAACUUUAUUUGGGAUGAGAAGCCGGUUGCGGACCAUAUGAGGGCUAAGUGGGCGCCUAAACCUUAG